GAUAUGAAAUCACUAACAAAAACCGAAACCGAAAAUUCGCCGCCAAAAACCGAAACCGCGGAGCGGGCGAGCGCAAGUGUUUCAUAAUAAUGUUUUUGCACAAAAAACACUGUCACAAUUUUAUUUGACGUGUUGACGUGCUGACGAUACCACUUUGCUGGGUACUGCGAGGAAACGCGGAUGACCGCGUGGGCUCACAAACUCAGAGCAUGCCUGUCAGCCAGUGACACACCGGCCGCUACACAAAAAUGAAACCCACACAGAAAUGCAACACCUUAUCGAAAGCUAACAGAAAGAAGCUGGUGACGCGGGCAACGCUAGGUGUCGCCCUGGUUGUGCUCGCCGUCACCGCGCUUGUCAUCGACCCCGUAGUACUCAUCGCUAAAUAUCAAUUAAGAGUGACGCCCGGCACGGAGAUGUAUCGGAUGCUGACAUCGGAGAUAGCGGGCGCAUACGUUUCGGCUUAUCUGUUUAACAUAAGCAACGCGGAUGCCUUCCUCAGCGGCGCCGACAGCCGCCUCAGGGUGAACGAGGUCGGACCCUUCACCUACCAAGAGAAGCGCUACAACACGCACUUCGAGGUGGACAGCGAGGGCCAGGUGCUGCGCUACCGGCCCUUUAUCAACGUCACCUUCGUGCCGGAGAUGUCGGUGGCUGAUCCCGCAGACGUCAACGUCACUGUCGGCAACACAGCACUGCUGGCGAUAGCAACAGCGAUGUCAACGCAUCCAUUCUGGAGCCAACUCGCGCUGAACCUGCUGACGCGGCGAUAUAAUUCAAGUGCAGUGGUGACCCUCUCGGUACACGACCUGCUGUGGGGCCACCACGAGCCUCUGCUCGCCUUCGGGCACACACUCAUGCCCGGCUGGAUUAACUUCGAACGACUAGGCCUCCUCGACAGGCUAUACGACAACACGCGUGACUACCAGCUCGAGCUGAGCCUAGAAGAUCAGACAAAGUUCCAGGUGCGGCGAGUCAACGGCCGCGCCGGACUCACCGCUUGGAGCUACAACGACCCCAACAAACGUUCUCGAUGCAACACUUUCGAGGAUGCGUACGAAGGAUUCUCGUACCCGGCGGGUCUGACCCGGGAGCGGCCCAUCCGGCUGUACCGCAACGUCUUCUGCCGCAUGCUGGAGGUCGACUUCUCGGGCUCCAAGACCCUUGACUACGGGCCCGAGGUCUACAUCUACAAGCUCAGCAAUCGCUCCUUCACUAAGAAUCCGGACACGGAGUGCCUCUGCAGUGCCGUCGGCUGCAAAGACGGACUGUCAGACCUCUCACCGUGCUUUUAUAGUCUGCCGGUGAUGAUGUCUAACGCGCACUUCUACGGCGCGCCGGCCUCGCUGUACGCGCGCAUCGACGGCAUCGCGCCCGACGAGCACAAACAUGGCGGCGUCUUCGCCAUCGACCAGAAGCUGGGUUCCGCGCUGCAGACGUCGAUGACGUUCCAGCUGAACGUGCCCGUCGCGAAUGUCGCAUACAAUAAGGAGGCGCGCCCCUUCGCAAACAUUACCGUGCCAAUCGCCUACUUUAAAGUGACGCAACCCGAGGUGCCGGAGCACGUGAAGACAAUGUUCUGGCUGGUGUACGUGGUGGGCCCGUAUGCGGUGUAUGCGCUGGCGGCGAUGCUGGGCGCGGCGGGGCUGGGCUUGCUGGCGGCCGCCGCGCGCCUGCUGAGCGCCCCGCUGCCGCUCACCAAGCAGGCCAUAGCACACGUGCACUGCGAGCUGCCACUCAUCAAACACGCACACAAACAGACAAUCCUCAGUGACCGCGUGAGAUAAUGUGACCACGUGGAAACCAGGCUCCGUGAAUAGUGAUAAUUGACGCUUUAAAUAUAAGGUUGUUUUAUUGUGUAUUCUAAUAUUUUACCAAAGCUAUAGCCUGGUCUUAUUCACAAAUUGUGCAGUUGCCUUCCACGCGAUCUUUUGCUAUAAAAAUCAUAUAUUUAAAAAGAAAACUAUUUUUAGAAGAAAUCCAUUGCAUGUCGCGAUUCCGUCCUGAUAAUUGAACGGUACUUUAUAUAUCAUUAAGUGUAGUAUUUUUUUAUUAUUAGUAUUUUCA